CCUCCCUUUCGUCUUUCGUCGCUCGCUACUACCGUGCCGCGUGCCGCCUCCCUCGAUCUCACGAUUCGCCUCCGCCGCCCCGUCCUGUUCCCCAACGCUAGCUCCCAUUCCCCACGCCUCCCCUCUAUUCUAUUCCCGCUUUCCCUAUCUUCCAAAGCCGCCGAGCCGCGCGGCCGAGUGCAAAAAGGAAAAAUAUCGGUCCCCGCGAGCUAGGGUUUACCACCCCCCCCUCGUCCACCUCUCUCUCUCUCCGGGUGCCCACGCCGGCGGCGAGCUCUCCUCAACUGCGCCGCCGAGAGCCCCCCCGCCCCCCCUGUUCGUGGGGGAAGUACAGGCUGAUCUUAGUUGGGGGGGUAUACUCUGCGGUCUACUUGCUACUCCAGCAAUGUAUUGUUCUCACUGUCAAGAUAACUGCCCCGUCGUAAAGGACCCUGACAAAAACUACACAUGUUGUGGUUUGUGUGGGAAGGUUCUUGAUGAUCAGGUUUACGAUGGUGAGCCAACUUUCCAAAAGGGCGCCGACGGGCAGGCCCGGUUGGCUGGUAGUAUUCUAUCAAGCAUUGAGAGUGGUAAUUCAGUAUCCCAUGAAAGAACUAUAAAUAAAGGAAGAGAGGAGAUUAGGCAGAUUGUCAGCAGCUUACAUGUGGCUGGUGGAGAUACUAUUAUUAGCAUGGCUCAUCGCUAUUAUACACUAGCUGUUGACAAGAAUUUUACAAGGGGCCGUCGAACAACUCAUGUUGCUGCUGCUUGCCUUUAUAUUGCCUGCCGGCAAAGUAAAAAGGCAUAUCUUCUUAUUGAUUUCUCGGACCAUUUGCAGAUAAGUGUUUAUGUCCUAGGUGCUGUUUUUCUGCAGCUUUGCCAAGUUUUGCUACUUGCGGAACAUCCAGUUAUCCAAAAGCUCAUCGACCCCAGCCUUUUCAUACAUCGUUUUACAGAACGUUUACUGGGGAAGAGGGACAAUGCCGUAUCAGAUACGGCUUUACGCAUUGUAGCUAGCAUGAAGCGAGACUGGAUGCAGACUGGGAGGAAACCAAGUGGAUUGUGUGGUGCAGCACUAUAUAUCGCUGCUCUCUCUCAUGGAUAUGAUUAUACCAAGGCAGAUAUUGUUGCUGUUGUGCAUGUUUGCGAGGCAACACUAACUAAGCGCUUGAUAGAGUUUGAAAAUACAGAUUCGGGUAGCUUAACGAUUGAAGAAUUUUUGGCAAAGGCUGAUGAACAAGUGCUUGUUACUAAAAUUUCACCAAAGUCUGGAGAAGUACUUUGCAAGCACAAGGAUAAAGCUGAGCAUUUUGCUCAUGGACUCUGUGAAAAAUGCUACAACAAAUUUAUGAAACUGUCUGGUGGACUGGAGGGUGGCUCUGAUCCUCCAGCUUUCCAACGAGCUGAAAAACAAAGGUUGGAGGCUGCUAAAAAUGCUAAAGGAACUGCUGCAUCUAAAGAGGCAGCACUGGAAUCAGUUUGUGAGGCACGCGAAUCUGAUGUUGAGAAUAACAUUACGACACCGCCAAAGAAUAUAAUUGGAGAUAAGCAUUCGACAAUUCCUUCUGUGAAAGUUGCUGGUGAUUCUGUAGCUACAGAAGAUCCUGAAGGGGAAGGUAAAAAUGAUAAAGCAGAUGAAGGUCCUGAAAGUCUCUCUGAUAUUGAUGAUGCGGAGGUUGAUGGGUACCUUCACAACGAGGAAGAAACACAGUACAAAAAAAUUAUCUGGGAGGAAAUGAAUAAAGAGUACCUUGAGGAACAAGCAGCAAAAGCAGCAUUAGCAGCUGAGCUGGCAGCUAGAGGAGUGGUUGUGGAAGAGGGGAAGAGGAAAAGAAGAAGACAUAAUGAAGAUGGCAAGAACGCAACACCCGCUCAAACACCAGCAGAAGCAACACAGAACAUGUUGAAGCGGAAGAGACUUGGAUCGAAGAUCAAUGAUGAAGCUGUUAACAAACUGUACAAUACCAAAGAUGAAGAUGGCAAAGCAGAUAAAGAGAUGGACUUCAACGAUGAGUAUGGACAGGACACAGGUGAUGGUGAAACAUUCGAAGGUGGUUAUGAUUAUCCUGAUUACAACUAUGAUGGCUAUGGUGAUGGAGCCUACGGCGAUUAUGAUGGUGUUGAUUUUUAAUACCCGAUAUAUCAAUGCUGGGUAGAAUUGUUACAAUUUUAUUUGUGUGUGUAUGGCAACAAUUAUCAAUUUUACAUGAAUAGUUCUGAUUAGUUGACGAAAACGGAGUUAAUCAGUACUCAGUAGACAGUAUAGCAGUGUAGCUCGUUGAUUUCUCUGGUGAUAUGUUGAGAAGCUGUUGUAGUAACUGUAUUAUUUCAUUCAGCGACCUAUACUUGCAAGUUGUAUAUUAAAACAGGCCUCGAAGAAAAAGGAAAAUUUUGAAUGCCUCAUGAGGUAUCAUGGUCUA